CAUCUUCACUGAUACCCAGUGCAAAGUAUGUAGCGCAGUUCUCAUCUCUGAAUCCCAGAAGCUUGCUCAUUAUCAGAGUAAGAAGCAUGCAAACAAAGUUCGGAGAUACAUGUCUAUCCAUGGGGAAGAGGAAUUCUGUCAGAAUAAGAAAAUAAAGCUGGAUACAGAGCAGCAACAGAGCAGUAAUGGUGAAGACAGGAACAAAUGCUGUCCCAUCUGUAACAUGACCUUUUCUUCACCUGUUGUGGCUAAUUCUCACUACUUAGGCAAGACUCAUGCCAAGAAUUUGAAACUGAAGCAGCAGUCUCCUAAAACAGAAGCAGCUUUAUCCAUUCAGAAAGAGCCUAGUAAUCUUCUUCCCACUACUGUGUCUGCUAAUGAAGAGAAUCAAAACGCUUCUGACCCAGACAAAUUCUGCAAUCUCUGCCAUGCUACUUUCAAUAAUCCAUUGAUGGCAAAACAACACUAUGUCGGCAAGAAACACAAAAAGCAGGAAACCAAGCUUAGGCUAAUGGCACACUAUGGGAGAACUCCCGAGCAACCAGCUGUUUCCAAUGCUGCAAAGGGAUAUCCCUGCAAUGACUGUAACAUAGUACUGAAUUCUAUAGAGCAGUAUCAAGCUCAUAUCAGUGGCUUCAAACACAAGAAUCACAUACCAGGAGGCAUUCCUGUAACAGCACGAUUCCAGAAACAACUGUACACACGAGAGGAAACGACCAUCCCUGAUGGCCCCAGCUAUUUCAGCCAGGACGUCUAGAGCAAAGUGCUGUGCUUGUCUUUGGAUUGCUCGUGGCUCAAAAGUGAACCCUUUUGCCAGCCUGCUACGAUAUUAGUUCUAGUAACUAAAAGAGAUCCUCCUGGUCUGCAGUGUACAGGUUUAGCUGAUCCAGAACCAACUAUUGGCUAAAGGAUUUAGAAGGGACAUCAUUACUACUUGGCAUUUGCUCAGUCCUUUAGAGUAGUUUUCAUUGUGUAAUCUCUUACUGUAAUAGCAGAUGGGGGUGGGUGGGAUGUGGGGUUCUCUCGGGACCCAUCAAGGCUUGGCAUUUGCUGGGAUUCCAUCUUGAGCCCAUCCUUCCCUUCUGCCUAGAAGACGCAGAAAGGAGUCCUACAACACAGGAACAGCCAGAGGAGAUCGACCCUAGGAAGAAAGAUAUUUAAUUCAUGAUAACACGAGGCUUGUUAUCUAGGAGACAUGGAAUGGAUGUAAUCGACAGACUAACUAUCCUUGCUUAGAAUGGGGUGUUGUAUUCAUCUUGCCCCUGCUGGAAUUAAUAGGGUUUGUGUGCAGUUUCUUAAGUCAUCCAUUUUGCCAUUCAUAACUACUUUGUAUUUCAGCAGAUGUUGGCUUUGGAGCAACUGGUGGUCUGUUCAGUAAAAAAAUCUUUGUUAGUAGUAUGCAUAAUCAACUUCAGAAACACAAGAAGGAGGGGACUCUGGUGCAAAUAGUGAUGCCUCCCUAAAGCUCCACUCUUUCUGUUCCUGGCAUUCUUCUUCUGGAAACUGUAAUGUGUUUGAACUUAUGUGUAUACCAAGUUUUUUAUGUUAAAUAUGUUAAUGAGAAAUCAUUGGAUGUGGUGAUGGAGGCUCUUAAUUUUUGUUCUUUAAGGCAUUCUUACAGACAGAAAUAAAUUGAGAGAACCCAGAA